UUAAACGAGUGUUAUCAAUUAACAAAUGUUGAAUAUUACACGUAAACUACAAAAAAGUGUUACAAUUAAUCACAUUGAAUUAUUACACAGAGUAAUGUCGAAAUCAUCAAAGAAGACGAAAAAAAAUUUGCCAAAUUCAAAAAAUGAAGAAUCACCAAUUUCAAGUCCAAUUAUUGAUGGUAAAGAUGGAAAUGUAAAAAUAAUUAUUCAUGCAAAGCCAGGAGCAAAAUUUAAUCAAAUAACAGAUAUUACUCCAGAAGCUGUUGAUGUUGCAAUAUCCGCUCCUCCCGUUGAAGGAGAAGCAAAUACUGAAUUAAUUAAGUAUUUAGCAUCUUUAUUAGGUGUAAGAAAAUCAGAUAUUUCCCUCGAUAAGGGCUCUCGAAGUCGCCAGAAAAUAGUAUCUGUAACCAAUAACACGGCAUCACAAAUUUUGCAGAAAUUACAAGAGGAGAAAAAAGUUCCUUCUUAAUUAUUGUUAAUUAAAUGGGGAUAAAUAAUGUUUCAUAAAUAAAAA